UGUUUAACAAUGUCGUAUGUAACUUUAGAGAUGGUCCCUUAACUUCCACAUAUCUGUGAACAUCGAACGUCCAACGUCAAGCCAACUUUAUACCAGUCAAUAACAAUGACCCUUAGUUAAGUAAAGCCUAAAGUGCAGCAAAGAACUCCCCCAGCCUCAGGAAGCACUCAGAUCCUACAAGGAGAACACAAGAAUAAUCAAUUAUAUAUUGAUUUUUUUAAUAUGCUCAAAGCAGGCAAACAAAAAACAAAACAAAACAACCCCACACACAAACUUACUGUCACAAAAACUCAUAACCCCGAGCUCAAACUGAUGACAGGAAGCAAGUUUACCAAGACUGACCAGAACCACAUGUAUCACCUAGAUGUAGCCAACAUGUAAACAAAGAAGUUUAAACUAACAAAGCCAAUUAACACUCACGAGAUAAAUAUAGGAAUUAAUAUGAGCGAGUGUUUUAGGUUUAGCAUUUUAAAUUUGGGCCUUUGCAACUUAAGCUGAAAUGAGUCACCUCAAACACACUUCCUCCAUUCUUAGCAUAUUAGAAAAAAGGUGUGUUUAAAGGUAUGUGUGGAACAGGUUACACAGGUUACACAAACGGAAGUACACUAAACUGACAUUGUGGACUUAUUGACAGUCUUUACUUUUUAGCGUCCUUAUCAAGAAAAUAUUACCCUUACAAAGUGGGAUGAUGUUUUUCUGUGUGACUCUCCUGAUUCUCUUCAGCUUCACGAAAUUUCAAUCAGAGGGAUUAACGGUGGCUGGUCCAGAAGCUCCUCUUGUUGCUGUAGCUGGUGAAGACCUGGUUCUGCCCUGUUUUAUCAAACCCAUCACCAGCGCUGUGCACAUGACAGUGGAGUGGAUGAGAUUAAAGCAUGGGGCUUCAUUAGUGCAUCUCUAUAAGGAUCAUGAAGACAGAAAUGAAAAGCAGGCUCAGUCUUACAGAGGAAGAACAUCACUGUUUAAAGAGGAGCUACAGAAAGGCAACGCUUCUCUCAAACUCUCAGCUCUCCGAGUCUCUGAUGAAGGAGAAUAUAAAUGUCUCAUUGAGGACAAAUCCUGGUAUGAUGACAUCACUGUUCACGUCACUGUCGAGGUUCUGGGAAGCCACCCGGUGAUCACGAUGGAGAGUUAUGAUCACUCAGGAGGGAUUAAUCUAGUGUGUGAGUCCAGAGGCUGGAACCCUGAACCUGAGGUACUGUGGAUGAACAGAGAAGGAGACACUCUGCCUGCUGAAGAUGCACAGAUACACAGAGACACUGAGGGCUUCAGUGUGAAACGCCACAUCACUGUUUAUGAUUAUAGCGACUCCAACAAGUUUUACUGCAGACUUCAACAAAAACAUCACAUGAUGGAGGAAGAGGUUAUCAUUAAUAGUAAAGUCUUUGAUGCUUGGAAGUGGGUUGUGGGCAUUUCAGUUUCAGCAUGUCUUAUUGCUGUCGGAUCGAUAGUAACUGCAGUUAUCUGUUACAAGAAAGCCUCAGAGCUUCAGAAGGAGAAGGAAUACGCAGAGCUGCAGAGACAGAGAGUGGAAGACGAGUUAUCAAAGAAGAAGAAGUUGUUCGCAGUGGAUGUGACUCUGGAUCCUGAUACAGCUUAUCCUGAUCUCAUCCUGUCUGCUGAUGGAAAACAAGUGACACUUGGAGACACAGAACAGUAUCUCCCUGAUACACCACAGAGGUUUACUAGAUAUCCUGGUGUUCUGGGAAAGCAGAGCUUCUCCUCAGGGAGAUUUUAUUAUGAGGUGCAGGCCAGAGGGAAAACUAAGUGGACAUUAGGAGUCGCGAGAGAGAACAUUAACAGGAAGGGGAUUAUUACACCGACUCCUCAGAAUGGAUUCUGGACUGUAGGGCUGAGGAAUGAGAAUUGGCAUGCGGCAUUUGCUGGUCCCCCUGUCCCCCUCACACUGAGAGAGAAGCUGGAGAAGGUGGGAGUGUUUGUGGAUUAUGAGGAGGGUCUGGUCUCCUUUUAUGAUGUGAAGUCCAGCUCUCAUAUCUACUCGUUCACUGCUCAGUCUUUCACUGAGAAACUCUAUCCUUACUUCAGUCCUGGUUUAGAUUAUGGAGGUAACAAUUCAGCACCACUGAUCAUCUCUCCUGUAUUUAACACUGAAUGAAUUUUCACCUCACAGAUUUAAUCAUCUAUUAAAUGAUGAGAAUUAAAAGUUAAUAUUUUACUUUUUCUGGUAAAUUUUAGAAAUACAUAUUCCGUUUUAAAGUGUUGUACAAUUUAUUUUAAUACCUGUUUUUUUUCAUAAACAAAUAAUGUUAAUCCUUCAGUCUGUUUUUUACACAUUAUGAUUGUGGAACUUUAUUGAUAUUUGAUUUGUAAUGAAAGAUCAUUCACAGUUCACACUGAGUUUUACUGCAGAAUUUAAUAUGAUCAAUAAAAUGUAUGAAGUUCA